AUGAUUCGAAGGCUAACAAAAAAUGAUAUGCGGGAACUUUCCAUUGCAGAACAGAAUAAGUCUUCCUUAACAGUGAAUGAUACUCAUGAUAAACUGCCCUUUCUAAGGAAACGAGAGGACACAUUUGGUUAUAGAGAGAAGGGUAGGGGCAAUGCUACCCAGCACAGGCUAUUGGAUGCUAAUAGUAAAAUAAUACAACGUGCAGUAAACCAAAAUGCCAACUUCAAUUCAAACAGAAAAAUGAGAAGUUUAAAAAUAUCACCAAUAAAAAGAACGAUAUCAACAGGCCUAUCUCAGCCAGAUCUGAGCAAUGAAUUAUUAUACGCACCUAAAUUAAAUCAUAUUACUUCGAGCUCAUAUGAACACGAACCAAGUAACACAAGCAUUCUCGUCACUGAUAAACAAAAGUCAAUAAAAAAUUCAAUUGGCAGAGUAAGAUUUAAAGAAGAGUUUGAAACACAAGAUCUAGAGGUUACUCUUCAAAAUAUCACUCCAAUAAAAAAUACGUCCAAAGACACUUUUGGUUUAGAAACUGAAACAACAAAAACAGUUAAAAAGAAUGGUGCUCUCUCCUCACAAUCUUCAAAACUCAGACUAAAAGAAUUGAAAAGAGAGAUAGCUCUCAACUGCGAUCUAUUUUACAAUUCAUUUAUUGAACAACAUAUCAAACACAAUGCACAAUUUCCAGGCAACUAUUUGAAACAUCAAAAUAAUAGAAAAGACAAAUACAGAUGCAAUCUAAACAGUGACUCUUUCACAAAGGAUGAGUAUUCCUUUAAUAACAGUUCAAUAAAUAUAGGAAGACGUUCAAUUUCUUUUUCGUCGAUUCCUUCCCAUAGUAUUACUAGUGAUACUUUCGAUGCAAGUGCUGAUGGAUUAUCUAAUCAGAUAAGUUUUAACAAUGAACACAAUUUCACCAAAGAAGAAAAUAUUACGUAUGUCAGUAGUGACGGUUUCAAGAAUGACACAAACUCUCCUUUCAAUUUAAGCUCCGAAUCAAUACGAGAGUUCUGCAAAGAGGAGGAUUACUGGAAGAAAUCAAUCGGAUCUUGGUUCAUAGAACCUCUAUUGACAGACAGUGCAACAAAUGACCCAGUCAACCAUUUAAAUAUAAACCCCAACAGCAAUAGCUUCCACGACACAUCGCAUUCCUACAUCAUCAAAGAGAUGGUUAUGAGGUCAUUGAAGAAAACAAGCAAACAUUAA